GUUUUCGAACGCGCCUCCGUCUUGUGGCACGGCGCUGCAUUAGUCUUGUUCCUGCUGUUGCUUCCACGAACGCCAUCGCCGUGCCCGAUCGGGUGUCGAUAUUGUUGCAUUCUUUUGCAUUUUUGCUUCUGAGUGCUGUACUUAUUAUGAAUCACAAAUUUUCACGUUAUUCCGUGCGCAAUUGCGUCCAGUGUACGUCCAUCGGUGACUUACUUAAUGAUCUUGUUUGCCGCGAUCUGCUUGCCGUGGAGUUCGCGAGUGAAUUGAAAAGCUUCGUCGUGCUUACACGCUUUCAUCUGGACAUUUUGGUUUAGUUUUUUCUGGUGAUCUUCUUAGGGCGUGAAGCUGGCGGUGUGUGCACACUCUUUUGCGUGCAUCUACCGCUUGUUAUUUGGUCUUUCGAUCCCAUUGAUUGAUCUGGGGUUGAGUUUCUUGUAUACUUUAGAUGUUAGAGAUAGCCAUUCGUCAGUUUUUUUUUUUUUUUUUUUUUUUUUUUUUUUCCUCCUUUCUUUCUUCUUUUCUAUCUGUUCAUUUCGACAGGUACAGGAUUUUUUAAGGUAGUUCAUUUGGUUUGAUCGGAAAAAAGGACAGCGUGAACUGCAGAGUUAAAAUUCAAGCACACCUCUAGUUUUUAAGGUUUCAACCAGAUCGGAAUUAGAUAAAAUUCUUAAAAUCUGGAGCUGAAGUAGUCGGAGAGCCUGUUGGAUCGGCUUGUAGUCGACCUGCAAAGGGGCAUGAGAAGAGUGUUCUCUAUUUGAGGUGCAAUAUGGGAUCCGACGGAGGUGUGAGCGAUGGCGGUGUGGAUAAAGAAACCACACAGCGGCAAGCGAUACCCGCGUUUAACUCCUCUUCUCCCAUGUUACUCGUGCUCACAUUCUGGAGAGAUUUGGAUUUAGAGAAAUGGAGGGCAGAGUUGGAUGACCAAGGACUGAGGAUCGGUGAUAACCAAGAGAACAGCCUCAAAAAUCGCCGCAAGCUUGCCGAGAGUACUCGGGAUUUCAAGAAGGCGUCCAAUGAAGAGAAGGCCAAGGCUUUUCCAGCUUUAUUAAAGGGAUAUCAGGAGGAGGUGGACAAUCUUACAAAAAGAGCAAAAUUUGGAGAAAAUGCUUUCCUCAACGUGUAUCAGAAGCUCUAUGAGGCUCCUGAUCCUGUUCCCGCCCUUUCUUCUGGCGCUGAACUAGCAACGAGAUUGGCGGAGCUUGACUCAGAUUACCGAAAGAUGAAGCAAGAGCUUGAGGAGUAUCGCUCUGAAGCAGCCCACCUCAGGAACCAACAAGCUACAGUGCGACGUCUGGAAGAGCGAAAUCGUUUGCUGGAACAACAGAUGGAGGAGAAAGUUAAGGAGAUAGUUGAGAUGAAGCAGCGUAGUCUCGCAGAAGAAAAUCAGAAGAACAUUGAAAUUAUCAGAGAGAGGGAGGCUUUUCUACAAAAUCAGCUACGGGCAGCCAAAGAGAGUGUGCAAAAUAUGCAAAGACUUCACGAGUAUGGGCAGACCCAGCUGUUUAAUCUACAUGCCCAAUCCGAGGAGGUAAGUGCAGCCAAACAGUCGGAGCUGAAUCUUCUGACAGAUGAAGUGGAUCGUUCUCAGGCUCGGCUCUUGAGUCUAGAGAGAGAAAAGGAACAAUUGCGAUCAGAACUGCAAGCAGUAAACAAUCAAGAGGUCCAUCUUCAGGAGCGGCUGAACGAGGAGGCUAGUAGCAAUCUAGAGGUUUCUUUGAAAGCGAAGGAAAAGAUAAUCUCUGAGCUACAUUAUGAGUUGCACACGAUUGAAAGCACUCUGAGCAACGAACGUGAACAGCAUCUUGUUGAAGUGAAAAGACUAAAUGCUCUUCUUAACGAGAAGGACUUGGUUCUUCAAGUUCUGCAGAAAGAACUCAGUGAACGGCCCACCCCUAAACAAGUAGAGGACUUGCGCAAACAAGUUAAAAUUCUGCAGGCGGUAGGUUACAACUCUGUGGAAGCUGAAGACUGGGAAAUCGCUACACGUGGGGAGGAUAUUGGAAAACUCGAGACAUUGCUACUUGAUAAAAAUCGCAAAAUGGAACAUGAACUUACCCAAUUUAAGGUUCAAUUGUCAGAGAGGACAGAGGCAGCAUUAGCUGCUGUUGAAAAAGUCAGAGAAUUGGAGGCUCAAGUGACAAAACAUAAGGCGUUAAUUGUGAAAUUGGAGGAGGAUAUCGUGAAGGGCUAUGGACCUUCACACGACCGUCGGCCUACCAAACAUUCAGAUGACUGGGACUUACCGGACUCGGGUAUUAAUGACUCAUCAGAGCAACAUGAAAGUUCUAAGGGAGUAGGUGGUGAAGACCGGAAUUCUAUGUUGCAAGUCAUUUGUAGCCAGCGUGAUCGAUUUAGGCAACGCCUGCGAGUUACUGAAGAAGAGCUACGGGCAUCAAGGGAUAGGUGCCAACUAUUGACAGCAGACGUUGAGCGGAGUAAAGCUGAUAAUGUGAAGCUUUAUGAGAAGAUGCGUUUUGUUCAGGAUUAUACUAAAGAAGGACCUGUUUCCCGAAAUAAGAAGCGCGGGGAGGAUUUGGAAUCAGGAAUGGGGGGUGAUGUAGAGAGCAGAUACAAGAAGAUGUAUGAAGAUGAUAUUAAUCCGUUUACUGCUUUUUCAAAGAAGGAAAAAGAUCGAAGGUACAGGGAGCUUGGUCUUCGAGACAAAAUCACACUCACUAGUGGUCGAUUUCUUCUUGGCAACAAGUAUGCUCGAACGUUUAUCUUUUUCUACUCCAUUGCUCUUCAUUUGCUUGUGUUUGCGAGUAUGUACAGGUUCUCGAGUUUAAGUCACAGUGCCAUCAGAGACCGGGAGAUGGGAUACAAUGAAGGCAGUUGAGGACAUCAAAGAUUACUCAGUAGCUAACGCGACUUUAGGAUCAACAUUGUAACUUGCCGUGAGAUAACCUUGUCCACAAAUUUAAACUCUUAGGAUACUGUGUGCAGGCGGAAAUAACACCUUCUCCUUCGCUUUCAAAGCCAGAGCAAAUUUUUUUGUACAGUCACAGAAUGAAUUGUGGAUAUCCGUUGGUUUAGCCACUAAAAUUGUGUUCGGUGAAACACACUAUACAAUUUGAAAAAAAUACACAAUUUUGCAGAAAUUUAGAAAAACCUUGCAAUUUCUGGUGCAACUUGAGCACACAAGUUUGAGCCCAUCAAUGCUGCAUUGAUAUCUGUAAUAGACAGGCUUCACUUCCCCACCGGUUCACAAUUAGAAAUGCGUUUAUCAACAA